AAACCACCAAGGUUUAUGGAAAUAAGCAAUCCUGUUUGGUAUUUCCACGGGACAAGGGGGCUGGGGAAGAAAGGAGACGCGUAUGAGUGACAGCACCCGUUAUUGUGCGACUGACUUGAGGCAGUAGACGCGUUUCUCACAGUGAGGGAGCCACAAGAGCCACAGCGGGAAGACCCCGUUUGGACUCGGCAACCCCCUCAUCACCAGUCCGGAUUCCCACGUUUCCCAAGCACAACCCGCCAGACAUCCUGCAUCCUUAUCCACCGCAGAGCUUUCCCUAGUGACUGCCACAAUGACCUCAAUUGGUACCGGAUACGAUUUAUCAGCCUCAACAUACUCUCCCGACGGCCGUAUCUUCCAGGUCGAGUAUGCCGUGAAGGCCGUCGAGAACAGCGGCACGUGCAUUGGCCUACGCUGCAAGGAUGGCGUCGUGCUGGCGGUGGAGAAGCUUGUGCAGUCGAAGCUGCUGAUUCCGGGGUCGAAUAGGCGGAUUGCUACGGCGGAUAUGCAUAUCGGAAUUGCGACCGCAGGACUUUUGGCGGACGCAAGGCAUCUUGUCAACCGCGUGCGGGAAGAGGCGCAGAACUACCGAGACAUCUAUCGCACGCCCAUCCCCGGAAAGAUGAUCGCGGACCGUCUCGGCCAAUAUGUGCAAGCAUACACCCUGUACUCCAGCGUCAGGCCGUUCGGAGUCAGCACGAUUCUCGCGACUGUUGACAGGAGCGGACCCCAGAUGUAUAUGAUUGAGCCUUCGGGAAUAUACUACGGAUUUUACGGAUGUGCCAUUGGGAAGGGAAGACAGGUGGCAAAGACGGAGAUAGAAAAGCUGAAGUUGACAGAGUUGACAUGCCGCGAGGUUGUCUUGGAGGCUGCUAGAAUUAUCCACACCGUCCACGACGACGCCAAAGACAAAGACUUUGAGCUCGAAAUCAGCUGGAUACAAGACUCCACUCUGCGACACGAGCUUGUACCGAAGGAAUUGCUGGAGGAGGCUGAGCGGGCGGCGAAGGCCUCGUUGCAAGACGAUAUGGAUGAGGACUGAGAUGGCUGGAUGUAAUUACGGUUGUGGGGUUGUGAGGUUGUGGAAAAACACAUAUUGCAAACA